UGCUGUGGCAGAUGCUGCAGAUCCCAAUUAGGCCUUUGCCGGGUCAGAGCCGUGGGGGAGGCCACGUGUGCCUGUGCCACGUGUGUCCUCACACGCGGCACACAUUUGCACACGCAUGAGGAGUCUCGGCAGGCCUCGUUCCACCUCGGGGCUCCCAGCCCCUCACACGCAUCCAGCCCACCCCAGCGGGGGCUUCUCCAUUUAUUUCCCCUCUCCGGGAGGGGGAAGGAGACAGAGUUCCUCACUCAGACUCUGCCCUGGGACUGGCGAGGUCACCCCCAGGGGCACAGAGCCAUGCGGGGCUGAUCCAUGAUCUGGCUGCUCCUUCUCGCCGUGCCCGGGGGUCGCGAGCGGAGGGGUCCGGAGCAGAGGGGGACUCCGUGGGGCUGCCAGUGUGGGGCAGGAGCAGCCCAGACCUUCCAGAGAGCAUCUCAGCCCAGACAGCUCCGUCACUGCCGUGCCAGGGCUCCGGGAUUACAGCGCUGCUGCUCAAAUCCCGUCUCCAUCCGCGCCGUGCCCAGCCAAUGACCUCGGCGCUGGCACGCAGGGCCUUCCUCCGCAGGGAUCAGAGAUGAUAAAGCCCUCCCAGACCCAGACCCAGACCCAGACCCAGCUCAGCACAGCCAGGGCUCGCUCUCUGUCUCAGCAAACCACCCUGGAUGCUCCGAGGAUGAUGUCCACGCACACGGAGAACGGGAUGGAUGAGGAGAGCUUCGCCCGGGUGGACAAGUACCUGUACCACAUGCGGCUCUCGGACGAGACCCUGCUGGAGGUGUCCCAGCGUUUCGAGAAGGAGAUGGAGAAGGGGCUGGGCGCGGACACCAACCCCACCGCCUCCGUGAAGAUGCUGCCCACCUUCGUCAGGUCCACCCCGGACGGGACAGAGGACGGGGAUUUCCUGGCCCUGGACCUGGGGGGCACCAACUUCCGAGUGCUGCGGGUGAAGGUGUCGGACAACGGGCUGCGCAAGGUGGAGAUGGAGAACCAGAUCUACGCCAUCCCCGAGGAGCUGAUGCGCGGCAGCGGGGGGCAGCUUUUCGACCACAUUGCCGAGUGUUUGGCCAACUUCCUGGACAAGCUGCAGAUCAAGGACAAGAAGCUCCCCCUUGGCUUCACCUUCUCCUUCCCGUGCCACCAGACCAAGCUGGACGAGAGCAUCCUCGUGACGUGGACGAAGGGGUUCAAGUGCAGCAGCGUGGAGGGCAGGGACGUGGUGUCCCUGCUGCGCAAGUCCAUCAAGAAAAGAGGGGACUUUGACAUCGACAUCGUGGCCGUGGUGAACGACACCGUGGGAACCAUGAUGACCUGUGGCUACGAUGACCAGAACUGUGAAGUUGGCCUCAUUGUUGGAACCGGCACCAACGCCUGCUACAUGGAGGAGAUGAGGCACAUCGACCUGGUGGAGGGGGACGAAGGCCGGAUGUGCAUCAACAUGGAGUGGGGGGCCUUUGGUGACGACGGCGUGCUCAACGACAUCCGCACCGAGUUCGACCGCGAGAUCGACAUGGGCUCGCUCAACCCUGGCAAACAAUUGUUUGAGAAGAUGAUCAGCGGGAUGUACAUGGGGGAGCUGGUCAGGCUCAUCCUGGUGAAGAUGGCCAAGGAAGGGCUGCUCUUUGGGGGAAGGCUGACACCCGAUCUGCUCACCACGGGCCACUUCGAGACCAGAUUUGUCUCUGCCAUCGAGAAGGAGAAGGAAGGGCUGCAGAAAGCCCACGAGAUCCUGAGCAAGCUGGGCCUGGAGCCGUCGCAGGAGGACUGCCUGGCCACGCUGCGCGUCUGCCAGAUCGUGUCGACACGCUCGGCCAGCCUGUGCGGGGCCACGCUGGCCGCCGUGCUGCGCCGCAUCAAGGACAACAAGGGCGUGGACAGGCUGCGCUCCACCGUGGGCGUGGACGGCUCCGUGUACAAGAAACACCCGCACUUUGCCCGUCUCCUGCACAAGACCGUGCGGAAGCUGCUGCCGGACUGCGAGAUCCGCUUCAUCCGCUCGGAGGACGGGAGCGGCAAAGGCGCGGCCAUGGUGACGGCCGUGGCCUACAGGCUGGCUGCCCAGCACAAGGCCCGGCAGAAGAUCCUGGAGCCCCUCAAGCUGAGCCACGAGCAGCUGCUGGAGGUGAAGGAAAGGAUGAGGAUAGAGAUGGAGAAAGGGCUGGGCAAGGAGACGCACGCGGAGGCGACGGUGAAAAUGCUGCCCACCUACGUGUGCUCCACUCCCGACGGAACAGAAAAGGGAGAUUUCCUGGCCCUGGACCUGGGAGGAACCAACUUCCGCGUGCUGCUGGUGCGCGUCAGGAACGGGAUGCGGCGCGGGGUGGAGAUGCACAACAAGAUCUACUCCAUCCCCGUGGAGAUCAUGCAGGGCACGGGAGAGGAGCUCUUUGACCACAUCGUCCACUGCAUCUCCGACUUCCUGGAGUACAUGGGGAUGAAGGGAGUGUCGCUCCCGCUGGGAUUCACCUUCUCCUUCCCGUGCCAGCAGAACAACCUGGACGAGGGGAUUCUCCUGAAGUGGACGAAAGGUUUCAAGGCGACGGGCUGCGAGGGAGAGGACGUGGUGGGGCUGCUGAAGGAGGCCAUUCACAGGAGAGAGGAAUUCGACCUGGACGUGGUGGCAGUGGUCAAUGACACAGUUGGCACCAUGAUGACCUGUGGCUACGAGGAUCCCUACUGUGAAGUUGGGCUGAUUGUCGGCACGGGCAGCAACGCCUGCUACAUGGAGGAGAUGAGGAACGUGGAGCUGGUGGAAGGGGACGAGGGCAGGAUGUGUGUCAACAUGGAGUGGGGCGCCUUCGGGGACAGCGGCUGCCUGGAUGACAUCCGGACGGAGUUUGACGUGGCGGUGGAUGAGCUGUCCCUCAACCCUGGCAAGCAGAGGUACGAGAAGAUGAUCAGCGGGAUGUACCUGGGGGAAAUCGUCCGCAACAUCCUGAUGGACUUCACCAAGAGAGGGCUGCUGUUCCGGGGACGGAUCUCGGAGAGGCUGAAGACCAGAGGCAUCUUUGAGACCAAGUUCCUGUCCCAGAUAGAGAGCGACUGCCUGGCCCUGCUGCAGGUGCGCUCCAUCCUGCAGCACCUGGGGCUGGAGUCCACGUGCGACGACAGCAUCAUCGUGAAGGAGGUGUGCGCGGUGGUGGCGCGGCGCGCGGCCCAGCUCUGCGGCGCCGGCAUGGCCGCCGUGGUGGACAAGAUCCGCGAGAACCGCGGCCUCGACUUCCUCAAAAUCACCGUCGGCGUGGACGGGACGCUCUACAAGCUGCACCCUCACUUCUCCACGGUCCUGCAGGAGACGGUGAAGCAGCUGUCCCCCAAGUGUGAAGUGACCUUCCUGCAGUCGGAGGACGGCAGCGGCAAAGGCGCCGCGCUGAUCACGGCCGUGGCCUGCCGCAUCCGCGAGGCCGGGCAGCGGUAGAGGGAAGCAGGUUUGCCCAAGAGCUUGGUUUCAGCAGAACGGGACGUUUCCUCACCCAACCCCUCCUCCCUCGGCACACACCCACACACCCCUCCCCUCCAAGCAGACUCGUAGCUUUACUGGUUCUCCGAGGCACCACGGUGGGACUGGAGACGCCGUGGGCUCUGUACCAAGUGUUGUCGUAGGAGUUCCCCUGCAUGCCAUAAAACCAGCUGUCGAGUAAAGCUCACAGUGUCUUUUGGCUUCUCCCUGCACUCCCAGGUGGAGCUGGAGCUGUCCCACCUCUGUCACACCCCAGCUCUCCUCCCAGCCCCGACCACUGGCCCUCCCCUAGCAGCAGUAGGGAUAACACUCGGAUAAUUCAGACACUGCAUUGUCACUUUAACAGUCCCUAUUUAUGUGUGUCGGAGUCGUAGCUGUCCGUGCUGUAGAAGCAAACCUCUAAGACUGGGCUAAAGACCUCCACUAGUCUUUUCCCCUGAUCAAGGCUGUAUUAUUUCCAUGAAAGUCAUGGUAACUCUUCAAGCACAGGGUGCAGAGUUCCACGGCGUGGCCGCGGCUGCGUGGGGGCACCGUGCACCUCCCUUGGCAGUCCUGGAGAAGCCGCUGGAGCCAGGCUGCAGGGCCCUCAGCCAGCCCGGCAGAGCACGUGCCUGGCAAUAACGGGGGACUUGGGGUCUGAUCCCGUUUGCUGACCUCCCCGCACCCCGAGUAGCUGUAGGUCCCACCCCCGACACCUCCACCCCUCCCCGCUGCAUGUGGGGCUCCCUGGCCGAGCCCCAGACCCGCGGCGUGUCUGCCCUUGGCCUGGAGAGGCUGGUUUGCUCUGUCUGUGAAACAGUUCUGCGGCUGCAGCCUUCAGGUGGCAUCUGAUUUAUACACUGUAUAUUUAUGUUUUAAGAGAUCUGAUGUCUUUUUAUGUACAUAGUCUCGGGGGGGGGUUGUAUCACCUAGUUUAACGUCACCUUUUCAUGUUGUUGAAGAAGAGUACAGAGUAAUUAUUUUCUUUUUUUUUUUUCCUUCUAUCGUGUAAUUUUUUUUUUUUAAUUUAAAAUUUUCUUGGGGUAGACUGGAGAAAAGAGACCCAAAUACCUGAGGACUGUUGUACAAGAGCUUUGGGCAUUCUGACUUUAUCACCAGGACAAAAGGGAAAGCAGAAAGCCAGGGCGUGCAGGAGCAGCGGGGCCCUGCGGUGCUGCUGUCGGCUUCAGGCUGGGCUUAACCUUAGGAGAGGUUUUAUUUUGUCCCCUGCCCUCCCCAGCUGUGCUCUGGAAGGUGACACCCAUGGGGGGAUGACAGAACCCAGGGCCCUGCAGGUCCCCAGGGACCCCUGUGCCCGCAGCAUCACCCAGCCCAAUGCAGGGAUCCGAUUUUGCCAACAGAAAACUCUGGAUGAACUAAAAGCUGCAGGUCUCUGCCUCAGUGGGAGGAGGCAGACAGAGGGUGGGGAGGUUUUCUGUAAAUAUUUAGCAGAAGUUAAUGAAAUUUCAGUGAUGUACAAAAAAAUAUAAUAACUAAUAAGCCCCACAAAUCAGCCCUUCAGAUUGGAGGAUAGAGUUGUUGUCUAUUUUUAUGUAUAUUUUUAUACUGCUUGGGGUAACCUCAUUACCAAAAGUCUCUUUUCUGUGUUGGGGGUCAAGUUCAGUAGCACAAUUUUAAAGGAAAAUUACUCUUUUGGGCAUUUUAAAUGCUUAUUUUUUUAUAAGCCUCAAGACAAUUAUAACUAAUAAAACCUGUGUAUAGAAAUGAUGUAAGAAACCAAGUUUAGUGGAAGUUUUAGAAGCUGUUAAAUAAAUCUUUGAAGGAUGAUACAGAAAUCCUGUAAUCUGGUACCAAGCAGUUUUGUGUGAUUUUUUCCCUCAGAAAACCAGCAUUUUGCCUACUGAAAAAUCAGAACAGAAAUCUUUUUAGCUGCUGCACUGUGCAGAGUUGCAUUAGUGGCUGUUUUUACUCUUAGCCAGCUGUGCCCCGUCUGAAAUCCAUAGUGUGAAACUUUAAACAACAGCAGUUCUGGGGGCAGAAUGGGAAGGAUGGGGAUCUGAGCAGCCCUGCUUUAGAGCAGGGAAAUGACAGGGUGAGAGGGGAACUGGGAGCUGAGGCACCUGAGCAGGGUCACCACAGCCCCCUCACCUGCCUGGGCUGAGGAAGGACCACCCUUGCCAGGGGUGGUGGUGGAUUUUUGCACACCCCAAGGCUCCCCUAAUGCUGGAAAGCUUUUGCUCAGCCUGAGAGGCAAGCAGGGUCUGGCAUGUGCCCAGUUCCAAGCGUUGCAGGACGCUGGUGGGUGCAGGUGCACCCUGCCAGGGCUGCAGGGGUUUGUGCUCCCCGGGGUCCCCAGCCCUGCAGCUGGGGGAUGUCCAGCCCGAACGGGACCUCACCAAAACGUUGCCAUGGCAUGUUCUGUGAAUGUGUUUCAAAUGAAGAAGGGAAGAUUAAAUCCUAAUUACUGAUAUGAAGGGAAGAGCAAAUGAUUAUCUGUGGGGACAGACUGCUCAGACUGAUUUGCCCAGUCUGUGUCUUCCCUGCAGCAAGAAGUGCUGCUUUGUGGGUUUAGGAUGGUUUUGUUUUGCUUGGUUGUUCCCAUCUGGAUGCAUUUUCUUUGCACUCCCGGGGUGCUGGAAUGUUCUCUGGCCAUGCAGGCAGCAGGGAACAGAGUCUCUGCCCUUCCCUCCCUGGCAAAUCUCUCCUCCUUGGUACUUUGGACAGGAUUUUAUUGGGUUUUAAAAAUACAUGUAGAUCUAUAUAAACACGACCAGCAAAUUAGUGAGACUUGCAAGCAGAAUUUGCCUCUUUCCUUCCUGGAGUCCAGGGCCAGGAGGGAGAAGCUCGUGCUCAGUGGCCCGAGGGUAUCAGUGGGGCACAGAUCUCUGGCCUGGCAGCAGCUCGGGUGCAGUUUGACCCGAGAUAUCCCGGUGCCUGCUCUCCCUUAUCAGGCAAUCCAAACCCAUCUGGCUGUCAGAGAGAUAAGGGGGUGAAAGGUCCAAGUGCACGGCAGAGGAGAAGUGCAAUACGGUGGCAAAUUGCACCAUUUGUGCAGGGGGUGUGAGGUACAGGGUGACAACAACAAAACCUCACCCCACGCCCCUCCAGACAAGGAAAAUGCCUGCUUUGGGAGAUCAGUCACUUGCUCUGGCACAAAAAUGGGCACUGAAGGCAAAAAGAGACAAUUCCUGUGCUCAAGGUAAUUUGGAGAGAGGAAAAUUCUUUCCCCUGUGACAUCCCUGACCAGUCUGAAAUGUUUCUGGCCUGAAGCAAAGAAAAUGCAUCUCGAUGUGGGAGUCAUAAAGCCAAAGACUGUGUGGCUGCUGGCAGAAACGAGUGCUGUAGAUUCACCUGAUGUUGUUCUUUGGUGUUUACAAUAUUUAUUUCUAGCGAUUGACUGCAAUGAUAUUAUAUAUAGGCUUCCUUAUUUUUGUACUUUUCAUACCGUUCUCCUGAGUGUGGUGUUGUACUGCUCAGCUCCCCUCGGCCACCACUGCUGCUCCUCGUCAGUGACAAUAAAGCAGAGAAAAACAACCACCA